AAAAAAACAACAAAAAAAAUGGAAGAAGACGAGGAAACUGUUGGAUAUUGGAAAACUAAAUUAAUGGAGUUGCAAGAGAAAGCCCCGAAGCCAAUAAUGGUUAUUUGCCAACAAAAAAUAGUCGAUAAGCCUUAUUACUAUGGAAAAGAAUUUCAUGGAUUUAUUGAUCGAGAAGAGGCGGAAAAGCUUGUAUUAGCAGUGGGCGAAGGAGCAUUUUUAGUUCGUGCUUCUAGACGUUCUGAAGGUGCUUUUACGCUUCAUGUUGUUUUUGAAGGGGUUGUACAAAAUUAUAAAUUAUUUUAUGAUGGUGCCCAUUAUGUUGGGAUUAAAAGAUAUGAUUCGAUCGAAAUUUUGGUAGAAGAUGGACUCAUAAACAUGUAUGUAGCGGAACAUGCUUCUAGCUACAUUAAUAGCAUGGCGGAUGAGGCUGUUUAUGAACUUAGCCCCUACUCUCAUUAUCAUCGAGCACCAGAACUUGACAAUUCUGACAAACAACGUCAAAUAGCUCCUCGAUGUCACAAUUUUACUUCUUUUACGUUCAAAAUGCCGCAUUAUUGUGAUUUUUGUAGAAAUUUUCUUUGGGGAUUGGUGCAACAGGGUGUCCGUUGUUUGGAUUGUGGUUUCUCAGCUCAUCUCAAAUGUAGUGAAAAAUCACGUCCAGAUUGCCGUCCAGAAGCAAAAUAUAUUAAAAGAAUGUUUGCUGUUGAUUUAACAACACUUUGUUUAGCACAUGGAGUGCGUGUACCAACUCCUUUACUACAUUGUAUAGAUGAGGUAGAAAGACGUGGAAUAAAUGUUGAAGGAAUUUAUAGAGUUUCUGGUUCAUUUGAACGCAUAGACAAACUUAGAAGACAAUACGAUUUAUCUCAUAAUGUAGAAUUAUCUCAAGAAGAAGACAUACAUACAGUUGCCGGCCUUUUAAAGUUAUAUCUUCGACUUCUCCCCCAACAAUUGUGUAUUUCGAGCACUUUUGAAGGGAUAUACAAGCAGUAUGGAAAAUUUGGAAAGAAUUAGGAAUUGCCGAACACUUUUGGCCCAUUUAAGAAAAAUAGCAAAUAAUUCAACAGAAAAUAAAAUGAGUGCAGAGAAUCUCAGUACAAUAUUUAGCCCAACAAUUUUUUGCACUGGAAAUUUUCCAUUUCCUGCACUUCCCAAUCAGGUAAAUUUUAAAUUAAUUUAUUAAAAAAUAAUUUUUUAGCAACAUGUUCUACUUAAUUUUUUAAUUGUUAAUAGAAAUAUACUUG